AUGGCGCCCCUCCCACCACCAUCUUCCCACCCUCUCCACCGCCGCAGCGCCGACGGAGGCCGCAUCGCCGGCCUCUUCAUCGGCACCCUCGUCGGGGCCGUCGUCACGCUGGCCCUCCUGUACGCCUGCUUCAACUGCGUCUUCUCGCCCAAGACGCCCACCAGGGCCAAGGCAGGAAAAGGCCACCGACGUGCUCGGAAAGCACCACGGCGCCAAGCACGCUUCUUGUUCCCGCCCGACGCCUGCGCUCUCGCCCGCGCCGUGCCGCCGGCCGGGGAACAUGCCUAG